ACAUGUAUAUGGGUAUUUCUGGCAGCUGUGAACAGAGAACGUCAGGGCAGCAUCGUUGACAUGUUGGACUUCUACGCCCUGUUGUGCUCCUAUAGGUUUUGUUGUUUAAGAUUCGUGGCCACUAUUGCACAGCUGAGGGUUGUGCAGGCCACAUCAGACUGUGCUCUAAUUCUCUUCCUUCUCCUACAGGUAAUAUUUGCAGAAUUGUUUCAACUUCCAUCUCCACCACACAUUGAAGUUAUGUACACAACGCUCCUGAUUGAACUGUGCAAACUUCAGCCUGGCUCUUUACCACAAGUUCUUGCACAAGCCACAGAAAUGCUCUACAUGCGUUUGGAUACAAUGAAUACAACAUGUGUGGACAGAUUUAUUAACUGGUUUUCUCACCACUUGAGCAACUUCCAGUUCCGUUGGAGCUGGGAAGAUUGGUCAGAUUGUCUUACUCAGGACCUUGAAAAACCCAAACCCAAAUUUGUGAGAGAGGUUUUGGAAAAGUGCAUGCGACUCUCCUACCAUCAGCGAAUAAUAGACAUUGUUCCUGCAAGUUUUUCUGUCCUCAGUCCUGCUAAUCCAGUGUGCAUUUACAAAUAUGGAGAUGAAAGUAAUAGGUCUCUUCCUGGAUAUACUGUGGCACUCUGUUUAACAAUCGCAAUUAAAAAUAAGGCCAGCAAUGAUGAAAUCUUCAGCAUUUUAAAAGACGUGCCUAAUCCAAACCAGGAUGAUGAUGAUGAUGAAGGAUUUACCUUCAACCCUCUGAAAAUAGAAGUCUUUGUUCAGACUCUGCUCCAUCUAGCUGCAAAGUCUUUCAGCCACUCCUUCAGUGCCCUGGCAAAGUUUCAUGAAGUCUUCAAAACACUUGCUGAAAGUGAUGAGGGGAAACUGCAUGUUCUGAGGGUUGUAUAUGAGGUUUGGAAGAAUCAUCCACAGAUGAUUGCAGUGCUUGUGGACAAGAUGAUUCGGACACAAAUUGUUGACUGUGCUGCAGUAGCAAACUGGAUCUUCUCUUCAGAGCUUGCACAUGAUUUUACUAGGUUUUAUAUCUGGGAGAUCUUACAUUCCACAAUUCGUAAGAUGAAUAAGCAUGUUCUGAAGAUUCACAAAGAACUGGAGGAGACUAAGGCAAGAUUGGCCAGGCAGCACAAAAGACGAGACAGUGAUGAUGAUGAUGAUGACGAUGACCGAAGCAGUGAUCGGGAAGAUGGACCACUAGAAGAGCAGAUAGAGCGCUUGCAGGAAAAAGUAGAAUCGGCGCAGAGCGAACAGAAGAAUCUCUUCCUUGUUAUAUUCCAGCGUUUCAUUAUGUUGUUAACGGAGCACUUAGUGCGCUGUGAGACUGGUGGAAUUGAUGUAUUUACACCUUGGUACAAGAGCUGUAUAGAGAGGUUGCAGCAGAUUUUCCUGCAGCAUCACCAGAUAAUCCAGCAGUACAUGGUGACCCUGGAGAACCUCCUGUUUACAGCUGAACUGGACCACCACAUACUCGCUGUGUUUCAGCAGUUCUGUGCUCUGCAGGCCUGAGGAUUAUUCACAGGCAGAGUCUUGUCUGCAGGACUUUAAUGAAUUUAAUUUUUUUUUUUUAAAUGGGAAAACUUGACAUGGGGAUAGAAGAAACUUUUAACUAAAACUGGCUUU